AUGGUCUUCCAACGAGACCAAGACCGCCUCAGGGAAUAUUUACGCAAUGACGGCCAAAAGCUCAGCGUCGCAGAGCGCGAAUCCCUCGUAAAAAACUAUAUCCCGGAAGACUUUGAGGUCCCUGCCUCGCAUUCCCGCGAGCGUCGCAAACCACGCAAAACCCCCGUUCGCUCGUUCUUCAAAUCUCAGCUCCAUCACUUCGCCUACGCCUUCACCCAUAUUAUCUUCGGCAUUGUUGUCCGUCUCCUGCAGGCUUAUCAUGCAGUUGUGGAUCGGGUUUUCGCAAUUGUCUACCACCACCACCGCACGCCGGAACUCAUUCGUAAGGAUGUGCGCGGGCUGAAGAGGCUGCCGACGCAUUUGAGUACUAUCCUUACCUUGCGGAAAGAGGAAGAUUCCCUUGCCGUGCUUAUGGAUGAGGUUGCCGAGCUUGCGGCCUGGAGUUCAUGUGCGGGGAUUCCUCAGUUGAGUAUUUACGAGAAGACAGGCGUCUUGAAAUCCUGCAUUCCAGCCCUCCACCAAAUAAUCACUACAAAACUGGCCAGCUACUACGGCUCCCCGAGCCAACAACCAAACCUUCAUCUCUACGCACCCCACCACCCAGUUCACGGCCCAUCAACAUCCGACAAAAGCAAAUCAACCCUGACAAUCCUCCUCCUUUCCUCAACAGAUGGCCGGGAAACCCUCGUCGACCUUACCAAAACACUAGCAGAAAUGAGUCAAAAUGGCAAGCUCUCGCCAGAGGAUAUCACUCCGGAACUCGUCGAUGCGGAGAUCAGCGAGAUCACCACCCCUGCUGGCGCCGAUACAGUCCUCAAGCCCGAACCGGACCUGUUACUCGUCUUUGGUCCCUUCCUUAAGCUUGAUGGGUAUCCACCUUGGCAGAUUCGCCUGACGGAGAUGUACUGCACGGGUGGACGUUCCCAUGGACUCAAUGGGGAUGGGGAGGCGGUUGAGUAUCAGGGGUAUAUGCGUGGUCUGUGGCAUUAUGCUGGUGCGCAGAUGAGGUUUGGACGGUAG